AAACUCCUUUACCUAAGGGACUCUAAUAGAACUGUAAUGAUGCAGGACACCAGCCUCAAUAUGUCGCAGCCACAAUCCAAUUCCCAACACCGGCUGCCAUUCAAUGAGACAGUUCUGAAGGACUUUAAGCUCACCAGCAGCGACAUUGACAAGUUUGUGCAACUAAUGCACGAGUAUAACCAGCACCAGAGAAAGAAUCUGACCAACCAGGUGGACGAGUGUCAUGGCUACUGUCAGGGAGAAAUCUACAGCUGGCUGCGUGCCUACAAUAACAUCCAUGGCUAUGUUUCUCUUAUGAUUUGCAUAUUCGGGACGAUAGCAAACAUCUUGAACAUAAUGGUUCUGACCAGAAAGGAAAUGGCCAAGACGCCAAUAAAUAAUAUCUUGAAGUGGCUGGCAGUGGCAGAUAUGUUUGUGAUGCUGGAGUAUAUACCCUACACGUCCUAUCAAUACAUAUAUAUGGGUCCUGGUGAAAAGGAUUUGAGCUACACCUGGGCGGUGUGUCUGCUGAUACACAUGCACUUCACCCAGAUCCUGCACACCAUCUCGAUUGGACUGACGGUAACGCUGGCCGUGUGGCGAUACGUGGCCAUCAGACAUCCGAACGGGGGCUGUGCCAACUUCCUGCUAGCACAUUCCCGGGAGGCGAUCCUCCUGCCCUUCGUCCUCUCCCCGAUCCUCUGCCUGCCCACGUACUUUGUGUUCAAGGUCCGUGAGACGUAUGACGUGGACAAUGUCCAAUCGGAGGCCAUGUAUCAUGUGUAUUUCGAUCAGGACUCAGUGCUAUACAGAUUUAAUUUCUGGAUACAUUCCGUGCUAAUCAAACUGCUGCCUUGUGCCAUCUUAAUUGUGAUCAGUACCGUGCUAAUGCACGUCCUGUGCGAAGCCUCGAGGCGUCGUUUAAAGCUUCGGGACUACAAUAAUCCCGCCAAGUAUGCCAUCCAGCUCAACCUUAACGAAACAAAGUCCAAAAGGCCACCGCGAUGUGAUCGACGUAACGAUCGCACCACCCUGCUCCUGGUGGCUGUGCUAGUGCUGUUCCUGGUCACGGAGUUUCCUCAAGGACUGCUGGGCCUGUUGUCCGGGGUGAUGGAAAAAUGCUUCUUCGCCCACUGCUAUCCGCCCUUCGGGGAGCUUAUGGACCUCCUGGCGCUGAUCAAUGCCGCCGUGGGAUUCGUGCUCUACGGUCUGAUGUCGAAGCAGUUCCGAACCACCUUCCGGUCGCUCUUCAUGAAGCGGCACUUCGGGAGCACAGAGAUGACUCGCUUGACCCGAGUAACCACGACAUGUGUGUAAAGGUGAUAAGAUGGGAGAGUCUCCAAGAUGUGAUUACGAGAAGGAUCAAAAAACCAAGGCCAGGUGCAGGAUCGAUCUACGGGGAAUAGGUUAAGACCAUCAAAGAUGUCUUGGCAAAGCUCCAUUUGAAUUUCUAAAUCUUAAACUUUAUAAAAGUUUCGUUAGGUUUCGUAACGAAAAAAAAAUUGCACAGGACUUUGUGAGAAGGACAAACGAUGAUUUUGUGAUGAGAUUUAAAAUUUAGUUUCGUGAUUUGGCUGUUUAAGAAGUGCCAUUUCGUUCCAAUUAAACUAGAGAAUUAAGAUUUAUGCAUUAUCCGGUUGCUGUUUCAGAUUCAUACACUCUAGCACUUAAGCCACUAAACUAGGAUAAGACAGUACAAGAGCCUAUGGUGUACUAAUACGAGACAUUUACUUUCCACUAAGGACUAACCACAGGAAUUCAAGGAUAUAAUCUAAAGCUAAUCUAUGUCUGAAACAGAACGUUAGGAAGACAGAAAGUACUC